AUGAUUUUCUUUCAGCCACCACUGGAGAAGGAGGGGAUUCUUUCAAUCACCGUAAAAUACAUGAAGUAGUGACUGUUAUUCAUGGCAUCAUCUGAUGAUUUAGUGAGAAUAGUUGAGGUGAUAGAGGUUGCCCCAUCUUCUAAUCAAUUUCCAACCUCUGCUGCCGAGUUCACUCUCCCGCUUACCUUCUUUGACACUUACUGGUUCAAGUUCUCCCCUGUGGAGCGCCUCUUCUUUUAUCCCUUACCAGCUGACUCAAAUCCUACCUUCUUCAACUCCGAAGUUCUCCCCAAACUCAAGAAAUCCCUUUCUCUUACUCUCCUACACUUCCUCCCUCUUGCUGGCAACCUUAUUUGGCCGUCACCUGAUGCUGCAAAGGCCGUCAUCCGCUAUACUCCAAAUGACGCUGUUUCUCUCACGGUUGCUGAAUCUGACGGAGACUUCAACGGCCUCUCUGGUAAUGAAAUCAUUAACGCUAUUGAGUUACAUCCUCUGGUACCUCAGUUGAAGGCAUCACAUGAUGCUGUGGCAAUCACAGCCAUCCAGAUAACGCUGUUUCCCAAUAAAGGGUUUUGUAUUGGCUUAACAAUACAUCACACAGUGCUUGAUGGUAAAAGUGUGAUGAUGUUUAUCAAGUCUUGGGCCUACAUAUGUACCAACCAAGAAAACUACCCUUUGCAGUUACCAUCUGAUCUAGCCCCGUUUUUUGACAGGGGUGUUAUCAAAGAUCCAUCUGGUCUUGAUCUGUUCUUCUUGAACCAGUGGCUAGCUCUUACAGCCUCAGAUCCCAAGACGAGAAGCUUGAAGGUGUCACAAAAUCUAGGAAGAGUUUCUCCUAAUCUGGUCCGGACAACAUUUCUACUCUCUCAUGACAACAUUAACAAACUCAGAGAAUUGGUUCUAUCUAAAUGGGACAAAAAAAAACCAAUCCAUCUGUCAACUUUUGUGCUGGCAUUCGCAUAUACGGCAACUUGUUUGGUGAAAGCAAGAGGGGGAGAAAGUGAGAGAGCUGUGUUUAUGGCAUUCGCAUCUGAUUACAGGACACGUUUAGACCCUUCCGUGCCAGAAAAUUAUUUCGGAAACUGUCUUGGUCCUCACGGUCAGUGUGUGAAAGCAGGAGAUCUUAUGGAUGAAAAUGGGGUAGCCUUUGGAGCACACAUGUUAAGUGAUGAGAUUAAAGGCUUAGAAAAGGGUGGGGUUCUUGAUGGAGCAAAAAAUAAAUGGUCUGCCGUGUUGGAUGCCAUCGUUAAAGAAUCAGGAUCGAUGCAAAUGAUUACUGUUGCCGGAUCGCCCCGUUUCCAUGUUUAUGGAUUAAAUUUUGGAUGGGGUAAACCCAAGAAGGUGGAGAUUGUGUCUGUAGAUAGGACCGGAGCUAUUUCCUUGGCUGAGAGUCGAGAUGGGAGUGGUGGGGUUGAGAUUGGUUUGGCAUUAGAGAAGCAUGAAAUGGAAAUUGUUGCUUCUUUGUUCAAAUUUUAAAUCCGAGGUGUAUGUGCGUUUUAGCAUGAUGGGUGAUUAGUAUUGAAAUAAACAUCAUGCAAGCUAUUCCAGUACCGAAUCAAGCCAGGGUAAAAGGAAGACAGCUAUCAGAGUGUCUUAGGUUUGUGGUAUUUUGAUGUCAUUGGAUCGGAGUUUACUUUUAAGGAAGUUUUUCUUUGUUGCCUUACGUUGUACAUGCAUGUUGACAGUGGGCAGCCAAUGGCUUCCUACACCCCUGCCAUCAAUGUUAACAUGUUAUUGCCUGGUAUGGUGUAGUGUUAUUCCAUUAAUGAGCCAGAGAACUACUGUUGGUUCUGGGGAUUCUCAGCAGAUUACAGCGCAGGAUUAGACCCUCCUGUGCCAGAAAUUUAUUUCAGCAAUUGUGUUGGUGCUCAUGGUCAGUUUGGAAAAGCAAGAGAUUUCACGAAGGAAUUGGGAUCAAUGCAAGUGAUUUCUGUUGCUGGAUCACCCCGAUUCAAUGUUUAUGUUAUGCAUCAGAUUUCUGGUGUGGAGAUUGUGUCUAUGGAUAGUGCUGGCAAGUUGAGUUGUUUGUUAAAGGUUAUGUUUGCACGAUAUUUGUAUAAGGCUUGUUUUUGUACAUCUUUGCAAAGUUUUGUACAACUCCAAAUCAUUUUCUUCCUAAGCAAUUUCAAGAUUACACCCUUUAUAUCAACUUAUAUUCAAAAAAAUUAUUUUGUUGGUGUUAUACUUAAGACUUGAACCCUUGAUGUACAACUUUUAUUAUUUUCAGUUGUUUUGGCAAAAUAAUAUUGCUGUGUAACAUAGCAGACAAUGAACUUCUCUAUUGGUUUACAUGUACUCAAUUUUCAUUAACAAUACAGCAAAUAAGUUGCA